AUGCCGGAGAAUCGCAGGAAGUACAAGCGUCCGUCGCCUGCUUCUAAACCCUCAUUCUCCACGCCAGUCGAGACCUCGAACAACGCCGCCGAACCCGACGCUACCACGCCGAAACCAGCUCCCAGCGAGAAUGCCUCCCGACCUCCCAUGAUGCCCACAGCAGCCACCACCCCAUCUGCCCUCCACACCGACGACUCCAAACCCGCCCCCGACUCCUCCCUACCAACACCCAACAGUUCCAACCCCGUCCCCUCCAACCUCCCCAUCCCCCCGCCCACCUGCAAAACCUUCCACUUCCCCCCCGCUCCCUCCGGCGCCCAGGACCUCAACCACCUCGCCGCCCUCAGCUUCCUCACCAGCAUCACCUCUUCGCCCGGCCACUUCGACCGCGGGCAUUUGGUCGCCUCCGCCUUCGAAACCAUACCAUCCACGCCGGAGCUCGCGAGUUAUGUAAGGCUGUGCGCGGCGGCGUUGACGGCGGUGCUGGAUUUGGUGGCGUGGGAUCAUUUGCGGGAAGUGCUGGGGGGUUGUAUGGAGGAGGUUGUCGGGAUUUGUGGGUGGGUGGGGGAGUUUGAGAUGGUUAAAAAGGAGGUGAGGGGGGGGAGGGGGGUGUGGGAGGAUGUGAAUGGUACUAAACAAGUCGAGGCUGAGCUGAAGGAACUCGAUGAUUGCCUCUCCCUCCUCCGCACCUCCUCCUCAGACCCCUCCCACUACGCCUCCCUCACCGCACCCGCCUCCCGCGCCCUAACCGCCUACAUGCAGAGCCCAGCCUACACGCAACUCCUCUGCGACUACCAGACCAUUGACGCCCCGACGCCGUAG